AACGCUCCUGUUCUUCUGGCUGCGUUUGACCGUUUGUGACAACAGCAGCAGCAUCAGACUGCUGGGAUAACCUAAUGAUGGAAGAAUUUGAAGAUGGGGAAGCUCCUCCGGCUGAGGACCUGGUCCAAUGCAACACCUGUAAAAGAUGUUUCUUCCCUAAAGUCCUGGAGAAACAUACUAAAAUCUGCCAAAAGUCUGCAGCUAAAAAGAGAAAGGUUUUUGACUCCAGUAGACAGAGAGCCGAGGGAACAGACAUCCCCACACUCAAACCCAUAAAACCAAAGUCACAAAGUUCAGCUGCUGCUCAGAAAGCAGAACCCCCGAAGAAGCCGUCCAACUGGCGCAAGAAACACGAGGACUUCAUCGCCACCAUCCGGGCUGCUAAAAACGUCACUCAGGUCAUGAAGGAUGGGGGACCCUUACCCCCACCUCCGCCUCCCACUUAUGACCCAGACUACAUCCAGUGUCCUUUCUGUCAGCGGCGGUUCAACGAGAGUGCAGCUGACAGACACAUCAAGUUCUGCCAGGAGCAGGCUGCCCGUAUGCCCAACAAAAGCAAGUCAGUUGACGUCAAGAAGCCUCCAGCUCGCACACAGCAAAAGGCUCCUGGUCUUGUGAAGAAGGCCAACUCUCCUGCUGUGUCAACCAUCCCUUCGGCCUCCUCUCGUUUACCCCAGAGAUCCGGCCUUGGACAGUCCACUGGAAUCCCCUCUAGUAAGGUCUCCUCUGCAGGUUCAGUGAGGAGUAACCCUUCUGGCCUGACAAGCCCACCUUCGGGUGUGGGAAGUAAGACCCGAGCAGUGGGCUCUGGCUAUGGCUCUUUGAGGAACACUCCAUCUGGAACGGGACUCAACAAGAAGAAAGUAGACGCCUACAUCUCGAGGAAUGAUGAAGAUGGCGGGAAUAAUGUUGGCAAUGGUGGCAUGAAGAGCAAGUUUUGUCACGCCUGUGGGACCAAGUACCCGGUGGAAUCUGCCAAAUUCUGCUGCGAGUGUGGGAUCAGGAGGAUGUGUAUUUGAUGGAGGUCAGAUGAAAGAGAAGGCAGAAGGGAGUAGGAAUGCACUGGUAUGCAGGUUAGCAACAGGAAUUUCACCAAAGUUAAUUAAAAACUAAAUUAUAUUUUCCCACUUGGGUGUAGUUUCCUGGCAGUACAACUGUGCGUAUGACUUACAACCCUAUGGAGCUCAAUUUGGAAUAGGUCAAACCCUGCAUUUUCAAUACACAGAUGUAACUAUGACUUACAAUAAACGAUGCAUUAGUUUCUCUGACUUACUUUGACUGGCGGUAGUCGGAUCUCAGUGGUAAACUGAUGCAAAACAGUAAACAAAGUAAAAAAAAAAAGCAAUUCAGUUUCAACAUUUGAAAGGUAUUAGAGUAUCUUUAGAUGAAAGCAGAGGACAUGUGAGUGAGAACAGAUACAAGGUAAGAAGUAAAUAAGUCGAAAAAGGAAGUUAAUGAAGGGUGUUGGAUGUCUCAUUAGAAAUGAUUGUCCCCUUAUCUUAAUCCCCUGUCAGUUUUGAUUUGAAACACAUUCCUUGAUCCUGUCUGCCUCCGCAUUUCCAAAAUCGAACACAAUCCCAUUGAAGUGCAAUAUGAUUGACUACUGAAAAAAAAAGAAGCAACGUGCUUUUGUAAAGAUAAUGAGUUGAAAUUCUUUAUCUUAUCUUCCUUGUUUUGACAGGGACCAGUCCAACAAUUCACUAGCUAUUAAAGGUCAGUGCACCCUUCCAGGUCACUUUACAGGCAAAUUUUCUCAUUUUAUUAUCUUCAUAGUCAAAUGUAGCGUUUACUCAGUACCUUUUAUUCCCUGUCGUUUUCUACAGUGGGCCGAGUUAUUUAUUUUCUUAUUCCCUUUCAUUUUUAUUAAAAAAAGAAAGGACUGCGCCUUGUCUUUUAAUGCUUUGCGGAAUUAAAAUGUGUUUUUAUUUGGAUUUGUAUGAAGCCUAAAUGCACUUGGAUGUGUUGCCGUUUUCCUUUUUUAAUGUUUCUAUUCAGUCAGUAUUCAGUGCAUUAAGGUGUUUAGGAUAAAAAGUACAGGGCUACUGUUAAUGAAUUCAUUUGCAGGUGGGACACUACGCGAGACCUCUCCUCGAGGCAAUUAAAGUAAUUUAGCGGUGAUAAACUCUGACGCUCUAUAAGCGGUUUGUUCCAGAACUGUAUCCAUGCUACGUAACCAGAAAUGUUUCAACCGACUUUCAAAAUGUAGUGAGUACGACAGUUGCCAGCCUGGAUACGGUUGUGCUCCUAAUGCCAUGUAUAUCCACCAUAAAUAAACUUCUAUGAAGACA